AUGGCACAAACGUCGAAUCGCAAUGGCAGCGCCCAUGUUAACGGCCCGAAUGGAUCGAAAGCACCUCGAAGGCACAGGUUGAGACUUUAUCCGCCUCGCGAAAACCCUCCCAUUCCACCAGCGGAGGUUGCCAAUGUUCAUGCCGGGUCGGUCCCGGAACUCGACCUGGAAGAAGUCAUGAAACGUGUCCGCGAACACGAAAACCACACUAUCCCGGUUGACUUCGACACAAUUGCGCAAUAUGGAGUCUCCUCCUCACCAGCAAAGACGCUCUGGGAGAAGGAAGCAAAGAGAUUGAUUGAGCUGAUACGGAAUCCCAACCAACCUCUGCUCUACGAAGAUAAGACUUACGGUUCAAUUUCUGUAGAGAAUCUGGAAAAGAUAUCCGAGAUUGGACAAAAGCUCACCUGGAACCUGAUGAUCUGCCAGCUUGACAAUUCCCUCAUCGUCUUGCAGUUCCAGAAGCGUUUCUUCAACGAAAGGAUAUUUUCCAGGGCGUACAGUGCUCUCGAGCGAGGAAUCGACCGAACGCCUGAGGUAUUGAAUGUUAAAAACGUGCCUCAGUGCCAUGCGAUGAUUAAUCUCAUGACGGGAACCUUGGCCCGGCUGACAGUUCAAGCGGUAGACAACCACAACUGGCAUUCCCGUUGCGUGGCCGCACUGGCAAAAAUAGCGACGAAGCUCAAAGUCCUAUGUCAAGAUCCGAAAGGCUUCGCAAUCCGUUCGGUGAGCAACGCUCGGGAUGUUGAAGCAAAGGAAGAAGCAAAGAUCUUUCUCGGUCUCAAGCCUGGAGUCGUGGACCCCGGGGAACAAGAAACGACAGAGGAUAUCGCGUCAGCCGAGCCCAAGGAUCCCGGAAAGAGCCGAAAUCGGUUGCAAGAGUUCGGGAGGUUCCUCGCAGCCCGGGAAGAUGACUCGACCGCCGCCUACAUCAUUGAAAUGCUGAUCCCCCGGGACGCGAUCUUCAGCAUGGCGUCCCUACUCGUCUCAAAUCUCACCGAGAGUAGCCACUCGGGACUAUCAGUUGGAGCUUUCGAGAUAUCGACCUUGGUUUACAAGACUGGGUUCGAAAGAUCGGCCGUAGUCCUCACGCAAGACCGCGACGGCGAGAUGAUCGCAUCUUCGUCACGGCAAAUCCUCAGGAACACCUUGACUGCCUUUAAGAACUUGGAGGAGACUCUCAUGGCUGUUAAAGGCGAACUCCCCCCAAGCGUGCCACCACCGCCAAAUAGAGACCAGAAUCAGGAGCGCCAGUCCCCGAAGGACGCUGUCGUUGAAGUAAUGUGGGAAUGGGUCGGAACAGGCAAACUCGCUUCGGCCCCGGCCACCAAGCUAACAGACACCAACCAUGUUGUUAGCCUUCUGCUUCCAGCAUGUGCCACACACCCAAAGAUGGGAGGUACGCUCGUGCAACUCAACAGAAUCUGCAAUUUGACAACGUCUGGCGAGGCUCUGCGUGCGGUUCCAGAACCCGACUAUACCGUCAUCUUCACCAUCAAGACAAAGGCAUACGACAAGGAGAACAAGGCAGCAGCCAGUAGCGAUGAGGUUAGACCAAUAUCAAGUUCCCUCAUGGCCCGGCAUGGACUCUUCGCUCUGGCUGAAGGGAUUGAUGUUUCUCGAAAAGACCAACAAGAGGAGUGGCAUCGUAAAGACGUGAGAGAAAAGCUGGCCCAGAUCGAAUCAAGAAGGAACAAGCUCAGGGAGCUCAACAAGGAGAUCGAGAACGAAUGGCAAAUUGAUGAAAGAGCCAUUGUCAUAGGGUGUAGGAAAUAUGCCUCCUGGGUCGCAGCCUUGUGCACGCUUCUUGUAGGCGGUGGACUUGCUAUCGGUUUCUCCAUCGGCCGACGUUUGGAGGGCGUCGAUCCCUUCAACAUAACGGUAUUUUGCUGGGCCUUGGCAGCAUUUCUGCUCGUCAUUGCGAAGAGCUUUCGCGUUCAAGACUGGCCAUGGAGGGACUUUCUCCAUGGUAGAGUGGUAUGCCGCAGCCUUACCGAGCUUUGUUCGGUGACACGCAAAGCUCCUCAGGAUGUCUUGGCAUGGCUUCUUCAAAACGAGCGGUCGACAGUGCUGGAGACUCGCGGACCGUAUAACAAGCUCUUUCGACGACGAGGAGACGAAGGGUUCUCCAUCGACUGCACCAUUGAGCUUAGCACAAUGAUGCUCAGCGGCAUAAUCGUGGUCGAGGUCCAGACCCAGCUAGGCCCAGCAUUGGUCUGCCUCAACGUCCGGCCUGGAGUAGAAUACCAAGCAUUUGUUCACUCGCACGAGGAAGACGAGGAGGAAUGGAAUCUUGCUUGCAUUGAGCCGCCAUCAAAGAAUGAACCAGGCGCUGUUGCGACGCUUCUUCCGAUGCAUAUUGGCUGGUACAAGGUCUUGGGCGUUUACAAUGUUCCGAAGAGGCAGUUCCGCUAG